GUACAACACAAGUCGAGUUCCACGUUGUCAUAUUCGCCAGCAUGUGUUGAGGAAGAGUGAAGGAAAUCGCUAUGAGGAGACUACUACGGAAGCAUGGGCGGAUCUUCGCUAUCCUCAUCGCUGGCGUUCUUCUAUACAAUCUAAUUGCCCAUGAGGUCGUCCAAAUCAAAGUCAAUCUCGGUGUUGUCGAGAAACAAAGACAAGGUGGUAUGUUGGAUGAAGCGUUUGAUACCAGGCCUAGAUUACUGAGCUUGAAAUCGGCCGGAAACACAUCGGAAAUCGUCAAGGAGAAAACAUACAAGCAGUUUUCAGCGACUAAAAUCCACGAUGAUGGUGUUCGUAAGGUUAUUAUAGUCGCCUACUAUCGCGGAGGCUCCAGUUUGACAGGCGGUUUAUUCAACUGGAACAAGAAAUCUAUGUACUACUUUGAGCCUCUUCACUACCUGUAUCAGAGCGCAGUCCUGCGCGGACUGCCAUUGAACUACUAUAAUGGAACACAAGUAAUGGCUCCGUCACGUAGUCACGAACUCCCGUAUGUGUACCAGAUUCUCACUGGACUCCUGUCAUGUGACUUUAAUCAUGUCGACAUCGGUUCAUUGACUGGCGGCAUGGGGCCGAUGUCUGGUGAACUGAUUGCAAAGAUCAGAGCUUGUCAGACAGGACAUCAUCAGGACAUAAAAUAUUUGAGAGAAGUGUGUUUGAAAAAUCUCCGGGAAGGUUGCUUGAAGCGCGAAAUAAGAGUGGUGAAGGAGAUUCGGUUGCCAAUGGAAAGCACUCAGGCUUUGUUGAAGUCUUUUCCCAGUUUAAAACUGAUACAUGUCCUUCGCGACAGCAGAGGCUUAAUCUGCUCCCAGUCUGGAAGUUGCAAAAUGAAACCAGACAGAAUCCUCCAGACUUGCGCUCGGCUCUCUUUGGACAUAAAAUGGAGGCAGAAACUACAAAACAAGUUCCCAGAUCGAAUCAUGAUGCUUCGCUACGAAGACUUGGCCGUCAAUCCAAUCCCCACUGCCAAGGCAGUAUACAAGUUUCUGAAUUUAACAUUGCCUUUGGAAGUAGGGAGGUCGCUAUAUAAUGCCACUAGGAAAGGUCACGAUCAAAUGGGCAUGCUGUCUAUCGUUCGACCAGACUCUAUAGCAACUGCGUUAAAAUGGAGAAGGAAAAUACCGUGGGAGACCUUGUUGGCAGUGCAAAAAUAUUGCCGAGAGCCCCUGCUGAGCGGCAACUAUCCGUUUUACUCCAAGGAAAAACAUCUCAGGGAAGAAAAGCUCUCAAAAAGAAGAGACCGAAAGGUGGAUAAAAAAUAUGCUGUGUAAUGAUAUAAGAAAUAUAAUGCCAGACUAAAUGAUUCGGAAUUUGGAAUUUGUAUAUAGUUAGCGGCUCCAAACGGUCAGCUCUGAGGAAGGCCAAACCAUAAUAUGCAAUAUAACAAACCACCCAGUCCCCAGAUCCUUGAAGCCCACUUAGACCUCAUGCCCCGGAAGUUGACUUAGAACCAAGCCCCCAUGCAGCCGACUUAAAUCCUACACCCCAGGGUCAUUUAUCUGACACCAGGAUCUUGCAGCUGGCAGACCUCUGAUCCAGAAUCAUGACGCUGAAUUAGACCCCCAGAUCCAAGAUCAAGCAGCUGACUUCAUACAGUUGACUUCAUGCAGCUGACUUCAUACAGUUGACUUCAUGCAGCUGACUUCAUGCAGCCGCAAGCCCCACCAUCAUG